CCCCCCCUGACGGAACCAAAUUCUAGGGAUUUAUAAUACCAGAUCUAGAGAAGCUGUGCUCUUCUUCCCAAUUCGCCGGUCAACAGAUUCUCCGAUGGCUCCACCUCCCGGUCCUUACUCCGGCACCAGCACGCUCGCUCUGGUGGCUCGUGUGUCUGCCUUCUCUUUUGGAUUAGUUUAUGGAAGCAUGAAGCUCAAAUACCUUCAGGCAAAGGCAAAGUCACAAAGAAAAGCCGCAGCCAAAGAACACCACUAAACGGAGAAGUGAAUGAGGUAGUGAUUUAUGUUUUGAAUAAUUCUUGAUGAUGAUGAUCCCGAGUGAAUUAGUCUGGUCACUGGCCAUCGUAUCUUAUCUUUUGCUUGUAACUGUUCGAUUUUGUUAAGACCAUGCUUUUACAUGAGUUUUUACUUGUUUUGACCAUGACAAAUGGUUAUACAAUUUCUUAGUUCUAUAUGAACAUGAUUCAAAAGUUGAAUUCUGCUA